ACUACCCAAUUCUAACAUACCACCAGUUAACCUUACUUAGAAAGUCAGUUCGUGUUUGGCUGUUGAGUGACGAGUACGUGUGUGUUUUGGAUCACGUAAAGUAAAAUUUCAUUAUUCUCUUUGGAAGGCUGUGUUACUUUCGUGUUGGUUUUCAUGAUUUAUUUUGAUGUUGGGCUAUAAUCAUGAGGAAUCGCAUCAGGAAAACACAGCCAUUUUGUCACGAGGAUAUGCAAAGUGCCGUAAAAGCAGUAAUAACCGAUGACAUGAAAAUUAGACCUGCUGCCAUCCGAUAUAGAGUGGAUCAUGUGACACUAAGCCGUUACGUUAAGAAACAGAGAGCCCUCGGAAAGAAUCAGGAAAUUAUUCAUUGCAAGCCACACUAUCAGACCCGCCUUGUGUUUACGAAAGAUCAAGAGUCCAUACUUGCUGAAUAUUUGAAAACCUGUGCGAAAAUGUAUUACGGAAAAACUACAAGAAACACCCGUGAGCUGGCUUAUGAAAUGGCUACGCUUAAUGGAAUAAGAGUGCCAGAAAGCUGGCAUAAAAAUAAAUCGGCUGGUUUAGAUUGGAUGCGAGGAUUUUUUAAGAGAAAUGGAACUUUGAGCAUAAGACAACCAGAGAACUGCUCGUUGUCAAGAAUGACAUCUUUUACUAGACCAAAUGUGGAGUUAUUCUUCCACAACCUGGAAGAAGUUUUAAAUAGAUUUGGUGAUCAACUCAAUCUGGAUGAAACGGCCACUAGCACAGUUCCAAGCAAAUCUGUAAAAGUCAUCGCCCAUAAAGGUGCAAGGACCGUUUCCAAUUCAGCAUCUGCCGAACGCGGAAUUUUAGUAACUACUACUAAAAAAGUGGUGAAACAAUCCCCCACCCUGAGUUACCAUAAAUUUGGUCCAUUCAACCGGAUUGGAUUGGAAAAUAGUCCAAGAAAGGAAAUAACAAGUGAAGUGAGCACGGAAAAUUCCACGAGGCAUCGUACGUAUCAAGCGAGAAACAGAGAGGUCCGAGUCAACAGCGACGACCGAGACAAGGACACAAGGCAGCAGGUGGCGACGAUCACGCAGGCAGCAGGUGACGAGUGA